AUGCCUGAAAAGGACAUAAUUGCCCAAACUACAAUGUUACAAAUGUUUUCUCACAAUGGUCUUGUCAAAAAGGCAAGGAAGAUCUUUGAUGUAAUCCAUGACAAGGAUGAAAUGGCUUGGACUGCUAUGAUCACUGCAUAUGCCCAAAACAGGGAAGCAUUUCGUGCAAAGCAAGUGUUUGAUUCCAUGCCCGCAAAGAGACGAAACAUCAUCACUUGGAACUUGAUGCUCUUGGUGUUUAAUCUCAAUGGCCGAGCUCUGGAGCUGCUGAAAACCAUGCAGCUCGAGAGGAUCAAACCAAACGAGAUAACUUUCAUCGCAGCCCUGGGAGCCUGCGCUGAUGCUGGCGAGCUUGAAACCGGACGAGCGCUCCACGCUGAGAUCAUCGAUCAAGGCCUCGACCGCAACCAACGCAUCCAGGUCUUGCUGGUGAGCAUGUAUGGGAAAUGCCGCAGCCUGGUGGACGCCGUCACAGUCUUCGAUCAAACCCGAGCGAGCCUCCGCAACGCUUUUUGCUGGACUGCACUGAUCACGGCCUUUGGAGAGAACCACCACUGCCGCGAGGCCAUCCAAGCUCUCGCUGGAAUGGACUUGGGAGGCGUGGAAGCCAACCAUGUCACCUUCGUCAGCCUCAUCAAUGGGGUCACUUCUCUCGGAGAAGCCAAGCUUGUCCACGAGGAGAUCAUCCAGGCGAGGCUCCACUCUCAGAAGCUUCACACUGCUCUCGUCCAGAUGUUCAAGAAGUGUGGAUCACUGCCCAGUGCCGAGGCUGUCUUCUGGCAAAUCCCUCCACUCCACAGGGACGUAGCUUCUUACGACGCCAUGGUCUUCUUACGCUCAAGCUGGCGAGUCCCAGGCGGCCAUCCGGACUUUCGAGCUCAUGCUGUUGGAGGGCGGCGCUGCGGCCGACGAAAUCGUGUUUGUGAGCGUGCUCUCGGUCUGUAG